GAUCGAGUGACGAACGAUGACGUUUCUUGCAUUGCAUGCCACAAUUGCCACACUUGUAAAAAAGGAAGUGUGGAGCAAAGUUGCCUUUUAGUAUAUUUUCGUGUAUAUUCUUUUAAAAACGCACAUUUUCCGCGUAAAAACACUUUCGAAAUGUCGUGGAAGUGCAAUUGACGGAACGGUUAACAAAGACUACGAGCGAGAAAAUUGUGUAUGUGUAAUCUAAUCAAUAUCUAAACCUGUUAUUUUAGUACAAUGAUAAAGAUGGAAACAGAUAAAAUUGAGGAUCCUAGCACCAACAAUACACAAUAUCCAGUAACGACGAUCUUACCUCCAUACGAUACAGCGCGUAAGAAAGAACCAUCUGCCCAGUUCAGUACCGAAAGAGAAGCCUGCCUGAAAUAUUUCGAGAAAUGGAGCGAAUCGGACCAAGUGGAAUUCGUGGAGAACCUCCUAGCCAGGAUGUGUCACUAUCAACAUGGUCACAUCAACUCCUAUCUAAAGCCAAUGCUACAAAGGGACUUCAUCUCUUUACUGCCAAAGAAAGGAUUGGACCAUGUGGCCGAGAAUAUCCUCUCCUAUCUAGACGCAGAUAGUUUAAGGAAUGCCGAAAUAGUAUGUAAAGAAUGGUUCCGGGUGAUCUCAGAAGGUAUGUUGUGGAAGAAACUUAUAGAGAGAAAAGUUAGGACUGACUCGCUAUGGCGGGGAUUAGCGGAAAGAAGGAACUGGAUACAGUAUCUGUUCAAACCGCGCCCGGGCGAGAACCAUCGCCCGCACAGUUUCUACCGCUCGUUGUAUCCGCGGAUAAUCAGGGACAUCGACAGCAUAGAAUCGAACUGGCGAAACGGCAAGCAUGUGCUGCAGAGGAUCAACUGUCGCUCGGAGAACAGCAAAGGAGUAUACUGUUUGCAGUACGACGAUCAGAAGAUCGUGUCUGGAUUGAGGGACAAUACCAUUAAGGUCUGGGAUAGGAAUACUUUGCUGUGUACGAAGGUGCUGAUAGGGCACACCGGCUCGGUCCUGUGUUUGCAGUAUGACGAUAAAGUGAUCAUUAGUGGAUCUAGUGAUUCAACUGUUAGAGUGUGGAAUGUUAACACAGGCGAGAUGGUCAACACGUUGAUACAUCAUUGUGAAGCCGUCCUACAUCUUAGGUUUAAUAAUGGGAUGAUGGUGACUUGUUCUAAGGACCGAUCAAUAGCAGUGUGGGAUAUGACCUCGCAGACUGAAAUAACACUUAGACGCGUUUUGGUGGGUCAUCGUGCAGCUGUCAACGUUGUGGACUUUGACGAGAAAUACAUAGUUUCGGCAUCGGGAGAUCGUACGAUCAAGGUGUGGAAUACGUCAUCUUGUGAAUUCGUUCGAACUUUAGGAGGACAUAAAAGAGGCAUUGCCUGUUUACAGUAUAGGGAUAGAUUAGUGGUUAGCGGGAGUUCUGACAAUACUAUAAGAUUAUGGGAUAUAGAAUGUGGAGCCUGCUUGCGAGUUCUGGAAGGCCAUGAGGAAUUGGUGAGAUGCAUCAGAUUUGAUUCGAAGCGUAUCGUGAGCGGCGCUUACGAUGGUAAAAUUAAAGUGUGGGAUCUGCUGGCAGCUUUGGAUCCCAGAGCACCGACUAGUUCGUUAUGUUUGAGAACGUUAGUGGAACAUACCGGCCGCGUUUUUAGACUCCAAUUUGACGAAUUUCAAAUUGUAAGCAGUUCACAUGACGAUACUAUUCUGAUAUGGGACUUUUUGAACUCUAUACCCGAAUCGAAAAGCAGUUCGGCUUCAAAAGAAAAUGCAACUAGAUCUCCUUCACCAUUCUCAACAUUUGAAUGAAGUGUUCCCUGCUAACGACGACUGUACAAACAUUCUUACGAUAUGCAUCCUAUGGAUGUAGCCGAACCUAGAUCUUUUUUUAAUUGUUAAGCUUCAAAAAUGCCAAGCACUACGAACUACCCUGUCAUAGUAUCUGCUCUGAAUUUUUGAGGUGUCUAUGGAUAUAUUGGUACACUGGUUGUACUGAAUACAUUUUUCCAUGACAAAGAUAUGUGUUAAAUCGUUUUUGUGUCGUAAUCACUGUGUGUUACAGAGUGUUUCAGUUUUCGCAUUAUGUACAGGGUAAAUCAGUAUUUCAUGCAUAUAAUACUAAAAGAGCAAAACAGGAAUAUAAACAAUUGAUAAAAAGUUGCGAUGCUCUUAGGCUUUAGUAAAUUUCAUGUUAUGUGAAUGUGGAACGUUGCUAUUAUGGAAACACUACAGAAUAAUUUAUUUCAUAUUGAUGUUUAAAUACAUUUUAUACUUAUGCUUCUAUGACAACACUUUAUUAUAGUUUUCAGUGAUUAGCCUGUCUUGUAUCUGGUUUACAUUAUACCAGUGCUGUUUAUUAAUUUUUCCUAAUGAAAUAUUUUUUCCGUUUAAUAAACUGGUUUAAUAACAAUCUUCGAUUGUUUGAAGAACAUAGUCUAUAGGUAUACUAUAAAAAAUGAAUAGUGUCUUUAACAUGCACUAUAGUUCAGCCUGAUUAUAAUUUUCUUUCAUAUAGCUAGUCAAAUCAAAAGCUUCUAAUUUUUAAUUUAAUUAUAAUAUUUAAAUUUUCAAAAUACAUUUCAGUACUAUUCAUGAAAAUAUUUUUCAUUUACACCUUUUUAGCAUCAAGACUGACUUCCCCUGCAUAAUGUAAUUUUGGUAGAUAAAUAUUACUAUUAAAGUACCAUGUUGAAUAAAGUAAGGACGGGUACACGGAGUUUUGGUAUAAUAUGUUAAAUGAUAACUUAUUGUAAUGAAACUUCUGUACACAACUUGGUGCCUUACUGUAUAUAAAAAUAUACAUAUUUAGCAAGUUACAAAUAUGAUCCGACAUGGAAAAUAUAUACAGAGUUUAUGAUUAAGUUUUUCAUUUGGAGGUAGUCCUUUCAUGUAAACUAUGCUCUUAUUUAAAAUAUCCAAAAGAUAAUUCAUUCAUAAUCUAUGAUCUUUAAUCCUUUCUGUUAUUGUCAGUUGUACACUCAUGAAAUGGCAUUGUCAUGCUUAUAAGAUGUAGCAAGGAACGGUCCGCAGAUUUCGUCCAAAGAAAUUCUGAAAAAUUCCUAUAAGUAAAUCUUGGCCUCUCAACUCAUUCCUUGUAUUUUGUCCAACUACAUAAUUUCUUUAUCGAAAUAAGUCAGUACCUAUUACCAGAACAGAUCACUAGGAAAGUGAAAACUGGUUUUCUACAUAAUUUCUUAUUUAAGUCAUAGAAAUAAUGUACUAGUUGCCUAGGAAUUAUGAAUUGCCAGCUUGUUAUAUUUCUUUAUACAACUCCGGAUGCUGACCAUAAUAAAAAUAUUUAAAACAAAGUGAGACACCUCAGAUAGAGCAAGUUCCUAGCAUGGACUUUUUACAUGGGUCCGACAAUGUCGCCUUACUGAGAAUCAGGGUGUUGUAAUUAUAAUUUAAAAUCGAAAAAGAAAUUAUAUCUUCAGAGUGGAUUAAGAUAUUGACUUGAAAUUAUGUACACAGACUAUUAUUAUAGCCAAUACAUACAAAUAUUUUCAUGAUUUCAGCGGCGCUGAAAUAGGGAAAUUUUGUUACUAACAAAGGAAACAUGAAUAUUGUUUUCUACGCCACAUACUUUAUUGAAACACCUAUUGCUUUCUUGAAUAAGGUAUUCAAUUUUUCAAGAAUCUCCCUUCUAAAGAAAUGUUUGCCUGACUACUACCUUUCGGAGAAAAACUGGUUUGAAUAUCUGAGGUAAAAUCUAUAUAAAAAACUCCUACUCGUUCUAGUUUGAAAAUAAACCGAGGUUAAAGAAGCUUGAACAUUGUAUGUAGUUUAUUAGGAGAGCAAUCCUACCUGAGCAUAGCGUUAUUUGGACAAUGUUCAGGUUUUGUCCUUAAUUCAUUUAAUCAGUGGUAUAGUAAUUUACAAGAUCCUGAAUGUUGGUAAUAAAAUAUUUUAGUACCUAUGUUUACAGGACCUUUUUUUGUUAUUUUUGGAUGUACUUCCUACUCUGGAAAAUUGCCCCGUUUUUGCGAUCUUUGGAAAAUGUACUGUGUCCGCCUGUAGAAUUAGCCACGUUGUGAAGUUAACAUGUAUGAAGAGGAUACAAGUUCUUUAGGCGACAGAACGAACAUUCUGUAUUUCACUAUCAAUUAAGUGUUUCUAUCGCAAAUUAUAGAAUAUGUGUGGUUUGAGUCAUGAUUAUUCAAAAAAAAUUAAUACUUUUUAAUGUAACCGACAACAACUAACCAUUUUAAAACAAAAAUGACCAUGUCAACAAUUUAAAUAUCCAAAUGGUGUAACCUCUAAUUUUGUUUUAAAUGUUUUUAUGAUGAUUCCCAUCCGAAGUUGGCAAAGAGGUAUAAGAAAAGCUGUUGACUUAUUGAAAAUUCGGGUAAAUUAUUUCUAUAACUUGAAAGAAUGAAAUUUAACAAAGCACAAAUAAUAAAAAAAUAUAUAGAACUGUAUCCAGAAUAUAUUAAAACAUAUCGGAUACGUCAGAGCAGUAUAUCGAAAAAUAAGGACUCUUCAAAUUUAACUAGCAAAGUCAAGUUGGGAGAUUAUUCACAGGAAUUUUUUGAACGACAUCCGGUCCUGACCACCCCUCAUAGUUAAUCGAGCUGUAGCAUGCUGCACUCUGAAAUUAAUGUUCCCAACUACUAGAGAAAAAGUGUUAUCUAUAAUUUUAAUCUCAAAGAAUCGGUAUAUUUAUGUUCCAUAUACGCGCUAAAUGUUCCAUUGUUUUGGGGAAACAUAAUAUAUUCAUAGUAUGGAACUGUGUUGAUGUAUGUCACUUCAUGCGAGUGUUCAACAAAUUUUAAGUCUCAUCUGUGAUAAAAUUUUAAUCUUCUACUAUGUCUAUUAUGAUUUAACAUCAUUGUAUUUUAUUACAAAUGAUUUUUUCAUACUUAAGAUACAGGGUGGUCAUAUAAUUUGUUUUUGUUUAUCUGGCCAGUAUAUAAUGACAUACUCUACACCCAAGCAACUAUUUAAAUUCAAAAUGUAGACAGUUUAAACGUCACGAUUUUAGUAGCUAUUUGUUUUUGUUUUCUUAGUUGAUUUAGUCGUCAAAUAUGUGCACCCUGUUUAUUGACUUAAAAAAAAAACAUGCAAAGCGAUUUCAAUCUUACGUAUUUAUUGUGAGCUUGGUAGCACUCUGUAAUUAUUAACAGGCACAAGAUGUGCCUGUUAUAUAAAAAAUAAAAGUAUUUUACACUUGCUUGGCGUUUUCAUUUUAUCAUUGUGAUUGGGAGACUAUUGGUGGAAGUUGAAGUAAGGCGACCAAAAAUAUUAAGACACAUGUAAAUAUUGAAAAUAUGAUAUGUGGUUAUUCUUUAAUGUUGAGUAAUUGUAAUUCUAUUUGUUAAAUUUGAGAUCGAGGAUAAGAAUAUGCAUCGAUUUUUAGUGUGCAGCUACUUGCGCUCAGCCUGUAAAUUAGCGAAGUCAGAGUUAAAGUACAAUUAGAAUCUUGUAAUGACUCUUAUAAACUAGUUUUGGAGAUAGCUUCAGAGGAAAUUUCCAGGAAAAUUUCGAAUGGUGCCAACAAAACUAAAUUGGUACCGGCGGAAAGCGGAACGUGGAUGAAGGUCGAACGUAGAUUAUUCAAAAAAAAAAAACCAAGUUAAAAAAAUAUUUUGUUUAAAUGUAGUGGAAGUAAAUGAUUGUUUUGGCAAUAUCUAUUGCCAUCCAAAUGUGAGUUUUUUGACCCAAUGUACACCUUACUAAAACGGUACCAGCUGAGGAUUGAACAAAAUAUACUUUGUCAUUCUGGUUCAUAAGAGUACUUUUUUGGGGGUACUUGCAUGUACAUUUUAAUCGCUUGCCUAAAUAGUAAUCCUCUGACGGGCCGUCAUCCAGUCGGCCUUUCGUUUUUGUGACACCAAUCGAACCUUUUACAGGUAAAAUGUAUGCGCUGUAGCACAUAAAAAACAGCACUGUGUGGUCGAUCCUUUUUGUACACAUUUGUGUACAAUCUACCACAUGAUCUACAAAACCCAAGUUUUGUAGAUUGGCUUCUGCAAAAUGUGUGUAUUGUUAUAUUGAGAUUUGAUUUUAUUGUUCACUAUUGAACCGAUAAAAGUAUGCUUUGAAAAAAUGUUAGUAGAUGUAAAUUGUAAUAUUAUCCAGAAAUUGUUAGAUAUGCCUUUUCAAAUUGUAGACAUUUAGCUCAUUUCAAUAUUGCUAGUAACGUAACACUACUAUUUGUUACCAGCAAAAAUAAUGUUACAAUUUUAUUUGUGUUGACCUUUACACUAAUCUAGACAGUGAUUCAAGCCUAUAUGGAAUCUUUUGUUUUCCAUAUUCACGUAUGUUAUGCUUUAGAAAUUGUCCAUCAAUAAAUUUUACUUGUGAUAUAAAGUUUCUCACACUUGAAAAACUAUUUUUUAGCCGAAGGUUGCUGUAAACAUUUCUACCAAAAAAACUUUGAAUUACCCUUCCUCAGUAAUUUUGCUUAUAAUCCAACUAACUAUUGGAUCUUGACUGAUCUCAUGCGUGUUCAUGAAUUUGACAGAUAUCCGUUAUCAAAACGAAUAUUGUUAAAUUAUUCAACUUCUAUAAAAGAUGAGAAGUAACAACUAAUAUAAUAUGCUAAUACAGGCUUUGAAGAACGAAGUGGUGUUUAAAAAAAAAUACUCCUUUAUAGGAUAGGAGUCAUGUUAAGUCGCUCUUUACAUAUUUACGCGGAGGCUGAAGCAUUAAUAAAUGUUAAGGGUUUUUACGUAGCCUUGAAUAUUCUACAUUUAAGAAACUUCAAUUCACGUCUCUUUGGUGUUUUGGUAGUUCUACAAGUCGUAGCCUGCUUUCGGCUUCUCACAUAAUUUAGUUAUCAAAAGUGUAUGGCCAAUAUUGUAGGUUGUUAGUUUCUAGAGUAUUCUCACUUACAAGCAGAAACAAAAUUGUUGGUCUAGUUAUCUUCUGAUUCCUGAAACAUAAUUUCACUUGACAUAGAGCAGUUUUACACAAGCUGACUUACCGACAAAAUCAAAAUGAAGUUCACCAAGAUUGGCGAGUAACAACCAAGAGAAUUUAAGACUAAAUUAGUAUGUUUCUGAAAACAGAUGAAAUUGCGGACUCCCAUGCCAUAUAGCAAAAUCCAGGGGGGGGGGCAUGGUUGGUUUACAGGUUGUGCAGGAUCAAAAAUGCUGAGAACUAGCCAACCCGUUGGUGACUUCAAAAUGGUAGCAGAAAUAAUAUCUUCUAUGUUGAGAUGUUAAACUUCUUACCCAAGGAUUGGGUGUAUCUUAUUAAGAAUAUUUCACUUUGAAGCAGAAUCUAGGGGGGCAUAUGCUUCCCUUGCCCCCCCAAUGGGCGCCCAUGCUGACUUCAGUUGUUCCAUAUAUGAAUGUAGUGUAGUUAUUUAGUCUCACUAUUAAAAAUAAUUAUCCCAUUAUUCAUAUAGAUAAUUCCCAAAGUCGCCAAUUUAAAACAUUUUCGCAACAUAGUUUUCAGUUCUGUUGGUUGGUGCUGGCCUGUAAUCCAGAAACAAAAAAGCCAUGCUGCUUGAAAUUUAUUUGGCAUUUGUCACUGAUCUCCACUACCAUGAAUUUUGCCACAUCAUAAUUACAAGUGGAGAGCCAAUAUUUCGACAACAUAAAAUUAUUUUUAAAUCCAACUGACUUUGAAUUGUGUGAAUAUUGAAAUUUGUUUAUAGUUUAUGCAAAAUGUCCAAGAUAAAGCCUAGGCUCAUUUAUAGUGCUUUUCUGAAAUUCCCCUACUUAUUUUUGGAUCAGCAACGUCAAAUUUGGAAGCAUGAGAUUAACACAUGAAGAUAUUUUAACGUAAAAAUAACAGUUGAAAAUUUCAAGAGAUGGGACGAUGGGGUCAUGUGAUACUUUAUUUUGAAGCUCCUUACAAGGACUUUAUAACCCUGCAAUAUGACAAUACUAUCUUUUAAAAUGGUGGGCUGGCAGCUUGACUGAGCAUUUUAGUGUGUUGAUUCACUUAUAACUCAACAACUAAUUAUCAAAACAUUAUAAUAUUCUAUACCAACAUUCUUCUAUUGAAAGGAUCUAUCUGAAGAAUGUGCAAUAAAAUUUGGGACAAAAAAAUGACAGGUUUUGACAAUUUUCUUAAAUGGAAGGUUCCACAUUUCAUUAUAUUUUCAGAUAGUGCCUUCCAAGAGAUGGAAGUUGAUCUAACAAUACGCGUAUAACACUUUGAUUAUUGGUUAUUGAGUUAUACCGACUCAAUGUAGAAAAAUGCUCAACUUUGACAGUCUGCCAGUUCGCCAUUAGGAAAGAUGUGAUUUUAUAUUCUAGGAAUAAGUUACCUAUAAAGAGCUCAAAAUGACGUAUCGCGUGACCCUCCAUGCCAUUUAAAAAAAUGUGAUAAAAUGGCGUCUAGUCCACUACUUUUACACUGAAAUAUAUUCAUGCAUCAAUUUUAUUGACACGAAUUUUAGCUUGCUAACUUGUAUGUUAUUCUUGGUUGAUUUUUGUAUAGGGUAUUGAAAAUAUCGCAUUGUAAAUAGUAUAUAAGUGCAAUACGAUGUUUUUAAUCCUUGUGUUUUUUUCUAGGUCACCGAACUUUUCAUAUAACUCAACUUUUAUAACCUUGUACAUACAGAAAGGUAGUCAUAUUGCUUUGCUACUGGUUGUCAGUAUUUUUCCUAGAUAGUUGUUUACAAAUCGUACAAAGAAUCGAUUUUUCAUCUGUUUGUACGUUGUGUUAUAACAAAUUCUGCCAAAUGUAGGUUAAAAAUUGUAUAAGUGAAGAAUUAUGAAAUUUAUAGAUCAACUGAAAUACUUAUGAAAAGCUUUUGUGAUAAAAAAAAUCUUACUAAAAUGGUAUGAAUGGUUUUUUUACAUUGAGUGAUUGUAUCUUUAUUUCUUUACUUCAUUAUGAAAAGGUACUAAUUAUAGUUUGUUUUAUGAUGUAGGUGUAAAUAUUAUAUUCAUAGUAUUUAAUAUAUUUUGUUCGCAU